GUCCCGGGAGCGGGGCAUGGCGCAGGCGCACUGCCGAGGCCGGGGAGGGGGCGCGGUUUCCCCUGCCGGAUACAACUUCGUUUCGGCCGGCGGCGGCGGGUGCAGCUCGCGGGAGCGCGCGCGGCCUGAGGACUCCUCCCUACAGAGAGCAAGAAUGCAGACGAUAAAGUGUGUUGUGGUUGGUGACGGCGCCGUGGGAAAGACCUGUUUGCUCAUCAGCUACACCACGAAUGCAUUCCCGGAGGAAUAUAUCCCCACUGUCUUCGACAACUACAGUGCCCAGAUGACGGUGGACGGCAGGAUGGUUAGUCUGAACCUCUGGGACACAGCAGGCCAGGAGGAGUAUGACCGGCUGCGCACCCUUUCCUAUCCUCAGACCAACGUGUUUGUCAUCUGCUUUUCCAUCGGGAGCCCCUCCUCGUAUGCCAACGUAAGGCACAAAUGGCACCCCGAGGUGUCCCACCACUGCCCGAACGUGCCAAUCCUGCUUGUCGGCACCAAGAGGGACUUGAGGAGUAACGUGGAGACGGUGAAAAAGCUGAAGGAGCAAAGCCUGGGCCCCACCACCCCGCAGCAGGGAACUUCUCUGGCCAAACAGAUCGGAGCGGUCAAAUACCUCGAGUGCUCAGCGCUGAACCAGGAGGGGGUGAGAGAAGUGUUUGCGGAAGCUGUGCGCGCCGUUCUGUAUCCUGUGACGAAGAAGAACUCCAAGAAGUGUCUUCUGUUGUAGUCCUCAUGGAAAGCGGAGCAAAGACCCCGGGCUUGGGAUGUUUGUAGGUCGCCUCCUUAAUCUAAUUGCAUCUUGCACUAAUGGCUUUGAAGAGAGAUUCCUUAUGGCAAGCACUCCUACAAUUCAGGCACCAGUUCCAGAGACUGAAAGGAAUGUCCUGCUUCCAGGUGUAAGGCUCAGCCUACCUGCCAAAUCCUCCCCGUCCCUGCCUGUGUCGUCCUCUGUAGCUUCAGAAGAGGAAAGCAACAGAUGGGAGGCCCUCCCUCAAAGCCAGUCGCUUUCUUUGCUACCGAAACCGAAGAUACGGUCCUUCUAAAAGAGACUGCGGUUAAUUCUUCUUGACGUGCCAUGGCUUCCACUAUCCAUUUCAGCAUCAGUCGGCUGUCUUGUGCAUACACAGAGCUGUGCUUUUCCAGAAAUCAUGUCAGGUUGUUAGAGAGCAUCCAAAAAUGCAUUCUGAUUUUUAAAAUUUCUCCCCUGUGUGUGAGGCCCAGCAGAUACCCUGUGUAACAGCACACUUAAGCAGGUGCAAAGGAGGGAGCCUCUCUGUUUAAUAAGGUGAAAUUAAGCUGUGCCCUCUUCAUAGCAUUAGCUUUUGGGAAUCAGAUCAGUCUCUUUGGCUUUCUAGGUUAGGGAAUCCUGUGUUUGUUUCGGAAGCUGCCCUUCCUCCAUGUCAGGAAGCCAAAGCAUUCUUUCAAAUACACAUCCCCCCCACACACAACCUCUUAAGCUGGGCUUAUGCUGCACAGCAUGAGGUUUCCGAACUUGGCAAAAGAGCUCCUCAUUCAAAGAUGAUACGUUCAUCACGCUUGCUCUAGGAGGAGAUGGCCAUGGCAGCUCUGUCUGGCCAUGGCGAUAAGAAAAGCUUACUGUACCACAGGUCCCCUUAAGGAGACACUGGACUGGCUGGCCUUCGCACCAUUUAGGGGAUGCUUUUGCAAAGGAUCCUCCUCCUCUGGCAAAAGCUGUGGUUGGCCUUAACCCUUGUGAACGUGGCCUUUUGGGAAAGACCUGCCUUGCCUUUUAGGAGCAAGCUUGUUUGCUGACUGCCACCCUCCUUUUUAACUUGACUGCUAAUGCUAAAAAGUGGUGUUUCUGUGCCUUCUUGUUAUUACUGUUUUCCCUUCUGCAGGUAAAGGUCAAUGACUGCUUGCCUUAACGACAGUCAAGUGUGAGUACUAUUAAAAUGCUGCUCUGGUUGGUUACUUCUUUAAAUCUAGAUUGGUACCCAAUCUAGAUGCAUAUAAGCAGGGUUUAACUUUCACUGAAAUAUUAACUUUCCCUUCUUGAAAAAGAAUUAUGCAUUUUUUAAACAUGUGCCUCCAUUUAGCUUCAUGAACAAUGUUUUCAUCUAGUGGCAUUAGGAAACACUUCACCUAAGCUGAGACAGUACGGCCAAAUUCAAGUUCUUCAGUUGAAUCAAGAUAGAGAAUCUGAUGCUUUGUAGCUUCUCUGUUUUGACAAGGACAGCUGUUUAUUUGACAAACAAGUUUACAAAUGGCAGUUCCUGAGAAAGUGUUAUGAGUAGCUUCUCCAUAGAUGUGCAGUGGUGCUACUAAGAAAAUAAUGCUGAGAAGUAGAACUCUGUCCUGUUUUUAGCUUGGCCCCACUCCGAAUUAGCUAUGCUUUAUGUGAUAGAGAUGGUUGUGAUUCUGAUGUGUACCAGUGGAGUAGAAAAUUGGCCUGAAUUGGGAAUCAUAAUGCUUGUGAGCUGCUUGACUUGCUGCUAACCAGAUGCGCAAGUGAUGGAGCAGGAUCAGAACUCAGGCCGUGUGCAAAUUCUGCAUGCCUAUCAUGGAUAAACCAAAUGUACACCUAGACGUUCUGGGAGCUGAGACUAACGCGACUGGAUUUCUGUAACUAAACUGUGGUGUUCUUCCCUGUGCCCCGAACAUAGAGAUUCAAGUCUGGUUUCCUUGUCCUUGAUCUGACCAUUCUCAGGGUAUGAAGUGGUGAUGAACUUUCUGGGCAACUAGGAACUGACGGCGAUGCUGGCUUGGCCUCACCAAUGUGUCCCAGUCCGUUCUCAAUGCCAGGCAAAGCAUCACUGUGUACAAGACUGUGGGGGACCAGUCCCUGCAGGCUAAUAGUUCUGCAAGUGGAUCUUCAGCUUAGUGUAUAGAACAUGCCAGCUGUAAAGCCACGGAAAGCCAUCCCUGUCACCACACAGUGCUGUGGAGCCCUGUGGGGGGAGGAUUUCUGACCUCUCAUGAAAGAGCUUUCUCAAGGCUGAACUGAGGCUUUACAUGGCGGCUGGGUGGGCCACAUGUGCCUUACUGUGCAAGGAAACUCUGAGACACUGUGGUACUGAAACAUACACUGGCAACUGAUUUUUAUAGUUAAAAGACAUUUGUACGGCGACUAACAAAGUUAUUUUUAAAUUAUGCAGAAUUAAAUUGUAAUAAAGCAUUUUCUUGCAUAA